AUGGCGGGGCCUACAGAGGAAGCUGUCAGUGAAAUUCUGCAAGAAGUGACACAGGGAAAGCUGGAGCCAACGACGGCGGAGUACCUCGUUGGCAUGCUGCAGGCGGAGUUGCCGAAGACAGCGGAGGAGGCGAACGAGCUGAUCGGCCCCUUUCUGGUGGACGUGGGGCUGGCGAACGAAGAGCCCGAGGCGCUGGUCAUUUGCGAAGAACUUGUGCAGAAGCUGAAGACAUUAUGUAAAGCCACAGAACCCGCUGAAGACGUCCGGGAGCAGCCCGAACAACGGGCGCCGGUCCGCCUGCAAGACUUGAUGCAGAAGAGAACGGAGGGCGAUUUUAGCGAUCCGUUUCUCGGGAUUCAGCAAGACGCAGCGAUGGUGAAUUACAACGCGCCGGUCUUUGACGGGGACUCUGCUGCAGCUGAAGCAGCUAAACAGCAGCAGCUGAUGCAACAGCGCAAGCAACAACAGCGAGAGAAACAGAUGCGACUGCUGCUAGAGUGGGAGAAGAACAAACCCCCACUUCCGCCCCCUAAGAAGCGUCACGGCGAUGUUCAACUUAAACGCAGCGCUGAAGGGAUUUUGGUCGAUUCAUUUUCAAUUGCGGUGGCGGGCAGGCAACUGCUUGUUGACACGUCCUUGAAAUUGAUGAAAGGGAGGCGGUAUGGCCUCAUUGGCCGCAACGGUAUUGGGAAAAGCACAUUCCUCCACGCGCUUGCGCGUCACGAUAUCCUUGGUGUGGACCCGGAUACAACAAUAACCUGCGUGGAACAAGAGUAUCGCUUUGGCGAUGAGACGGUCCUCGAGGCAGUCUUGGCAGUUGACGAGGAGCGUAAGAAAUUGUUGGAGGAGGAGGAGCUCCUGCAACAACAGGGUCAAUCUGGUGCAGCUGCUGGGUUUCGCCUCGCGGCAAUCUUCGACCGUCUGCAGGAAAUUGGGGCCAACGAGGCCGAGGCAACAGCAGCCAUGAUUCUCAGCGGUCUUGGCUUUGACACAGAGAUGCAGCACACGAAGGUCUCAGCUCUGAGUGGCGGCUGGCGCAUGCGGGUGUGCUUGGGUCGCGCUUUGUUUGCGGAUGCCGAUGUGUUGCUGUUGGACGAGCCAACUAAUCACUUGGACUUGAAAGCCAUCAACUGGCUCACGGCGUAUCUUGUGGGCGACUCGAAAGUCCUUGGUGGCGAAAACGCGUUGCGGCUGUCGAGGGACAAGAUCGUUAUUGUUGUUAGCCAUUCGAGGGAUUUCCUCAACGAUGUUUGCACUGAUAUGAUUCAUUUCACAAACCAAAAGCUGAAUUACUACAAGGGGGACUUCGACACAUUUGAAAGCGUGCGCGCAGCGCAGCAGUUACAGCAGCAACGACAAAUACAAUCUAUUGAAAUGAAGCAGAAGCACAUCAAGUCCUUUAUUGACAGAUUCAGACACAAUGCGAAACGCGCUUGCCUUGUGCAGUCUCGCAUCAAAGCCCUGAAACGACUGCCCAUGCUAGAGCAAGUAGCUGAAGAUCCUUCUCUGCGUUUCAAGUUGAAGGAACCGGAGCCUCUUUCGCCUCCCUUGCUCCAACUGGUCGAUGUCACUUUUAAGUACAAAAAGAGAACGAAAAAGUCGCCCACAAACUUCGGCGAAGAAAGUGAAAGUACAAAGCCUAAUGGCGACACCUCGGAUGGUUCUGAUGAAUUGCUCAUUGUGAGAGAUUGUCAGCUCAAUGUAGACAUGGACUCACGCAUUGCAAUUUGUGGGCUUAACGGCAGCGGAAAAAGUACGCUGCUGAAACUAUUAGUGGGACAGAACGAAUGCUGCGAAGGCCAAAUCAACCGUAGCGGCAAGCUGCGCAUUGGAUACUUUACACAGCAGCACGUUGACCAGCUGGAUUUGACGCUGAACGCUGUGCAGAGCUUGCAACUUAAAUACCCCGAGGCGGACCUAUCUGAUGAACAAGCGCGAACGUACCUGGGCCAGUUUGGCAUCAGUAACAUGUUGGCUCUCGAGCCACUUUAUAUUCUUUCUGGAGGCCAGAAAAGCAGAGUUGCGAUCGCGUUGAUGGCUUACAACAAUCCACACAUCCUUCUCCUAGACGAACCGACGAACCACUUGGAUUUAGAUGCUGUGCAGGCGUUGAUUGUGGCACUAAAUGAGUACGCCGGUGGCGUUGUUGUUGUCAGCCACGACAGUCACCUUCUUUCUUGUGUGGCCGACGAGAUAUACACGAUGGAUAAGGAGUCAAAACGGCUCAUUCGUUUUAAUGGAGACUUUAUGGAGUACAGAAAGCAGCUUUUGCGCAGCCUUGCGCAUUGA